AUUGAACGUUAGAAUGUAAAUCUCCCACUCAUUUUUCAUUUUGUUUUUUUCGUUUUCAAAUGGGCCAACUCUAAACCCUAAACCUCUCUUAUCACUCUUGUCACUCUCGCGUUCUCAUUUCUUUCUUUGUUUUUUUUUUUUUCUUUUGAAUUUCCCUUCUCAAGAAACAAAACGUAAUGUUCUCUCCGGGAACAAAGAGAAGAACAAAUCUAAGCUCUAGAAAAGAGCGAAAUCUAGGGCAAAAAGCGCCUGAUUCACCGAUCACACCUUUGCAAGAUAACCGUAAUUCACUAAAUGACAAUUCUAUCCCUAACCGCCCUGCCACCGGUACUCCUGCUCCUUGGGGUCCUCGUCUUUCCGUUCUUGCUAGCUAGGUCUGUCUCUUUUAUCUGGUGCAAACUUCUGCCUUUGAGUGUGGAUAUAUAUUUAUACGUAAUUUUCAAUACUACCUGUUCUCUUGCUCCUAGAAUACCGCCAGCAAACAGAAGUGAAAAGGGGAAUGAGGUAGAUCCAAUUAAGCCUGUAUAUGUUGGAGAGUUCCCUCAAGUAGUUCGUGAUGAACAGGCCACCUAUCUACAGAAGCAUAUUACUGGCGAUGCAUGUAUAUAUGGUGGAAUGGAUAAGGACACAUGCCUUUCUUGGAUCAUCUGUGGAAAGAGACUCUUCAUAUGGAGUUACUUAUCUACUGCUGCUUCAAAAGAAUGCGUUGUUCUUGAAUUUCCUUCAAAUGUUUUGGAUUAUGGAGAUUUUGGGAAAAAUUCUUGUCAUGGUAGUUGGAUGCUUUGCAUUGUCAGUUGGGAUAAAUCUUGCAGAGGAAGAAACAAAGUUGUCCAGAGUCGCAGUUCUUUUGGUGUUGUAAUCUGUAACCAAAAAACUCAAGCUCUCAUCUACUGGCCUGACAUUUACUCUGCAGAGGGUUCUACUCCUGUUACCAAUCUAUUAUCUUCCGAUGACAUGGAGGUGACUUCUUCUCCCAUUGACGGGAAGAUCACCCAGGACAGGCAUCGGCAACGUAACCAGCCUGAAAGUAGUUCAAUUGGGUUGAAUACUCUUAACUCUUUGAUUGCUUCUGCAGUGCCUGCUUCUCAGCAAGUGUCUGUUGCUCUAGCUUGUAGUUCCAAUGGUGAACUGUGGCAGUUUUAUUGCAGUCCUACUGGCAUUGAGCGUAGUAAAGUAUAUCAAGACAAAGCAAGUUCGUCCUUCAGAGGCAAUGAGAAUGGUCAAUGUGUUGGAAGCAAGGGUUAUCUGAGGUCACUUAUUUGGCAUUCCUCACUCCAUUCUGUGGAGGAUACUAAUAGGAAGUUUCUUAUGUUGACAGAUCAUGAGAUACAGUGUUUCACUAUUACAUUUCGUCCUGAUCUAAAUGUAUCAAAACUCUGGUCUCAUGAAAUUGUUGGCAAUGAUGGAGAUUCAGGUAUUAAGAAGGAUUUGGCUGGUCAGAAACGUAUAUGGCCUCUGGAUCUACAAGUGGAUGACCAGGGUAAAGUGAUUACAGUUCUUGUUGCCAGUUUCUGCAAGGACAGGGUUAGCGGUUCAAGUUACAUUCAGUAUUCUCUUCUGACAAUGCAAUAUAAAUAUAGUGUAAGCAUAGAUUCUGAUGUACAUGAAAGGAUUUUGGAGAAAAAAGCUCCAAUCCAAGUGAUAAUUCCAAAAGCAAGAGUAGAAGAUGAGGAUUUCUUAUUCUCCAUGAGGCUUAGGGUAGGAGGAAGGCCAUCAGGCUCAGGAAUCAUACUUUCUGGUGAUGGAACAGCAACUGUAUCCCAUUAUUAUAGGAACUCGCCACGUCUCUAUCAGUUCGAUCUACCUUAUGAUGCCGGAAAAGUUCUAGAUGCAUCAAUUCUUCCUUCUCCUGAUGGCAGUGAAGAUGGUGCAUGGGUUGUAUUAACAGAGAAAGCAGGUAUAUGGGCCAUACCUGAAAAAGCUGUUGUACUUGGUGGAGUUGAGCCACCUGAGAGAAGCUUGUCACGUAAGGGGAGCUCAAAUGAAGGAUCUACAGAGGAAGAGAGAAGAAACAUCACAUUUUCAGGCGACACUGCUCCUAGAAGAGCUAGUUCUGAAGCAUGGGAUGCUGGUGGUAGACAAAAGGCUGCUGUUACUGGACUUGCACGUCGAACUGCACAAGAUGAAGAAUCAGAAGCUUUACUUAGUCAGCUUUUUCACCAUUUUUUGUUAAAUGGGCAGGUUGAUGCUUCAUUUGUGAAGCUUCAAAACUCAGGGGCAUUUGAAAGAGAUGGAGAAACAAAUGUUUUCACUAGGACUAGCAAAUCUAUUGUUGACACUUUAGCUAAACACUGGACAACAACUAGAGGUGCUGAAAUUGUGGCUUUAACAAUAGUAUCUAGCCAACUAAUGGACAAACAGCAAAAACAUGAAAGAUAUCUUCAGUUUCUUGCUUUAUCCAAGUGUCAUGAGGAGCUAUGUUCUAAGCAAAGACACUCUUUGCAAAUAAUCUUGGAACAUGGUGAAAAACUUGCUGGAAUGGUUCAACUGAGAGAAAUGCAAAAUGUGAUUAGCCAGAACCGCUCAGUUGCAUCUGGCUCCUUACAUUCUGGUUCUGAAGCUCAGAUUUCAGGAGCUAUAUGGGAUCUUAUUCAGUUAGUUGGUGAGAGAGCCCGCCGUAAUACUGUUCUUCUUAUGGACAGGGACAAUGCUGAAGUAUUCUACAGUAAGGUUUCUGAUCUUGAAGAAAUAUUCAAUUGCUUGGACAGACACCUAGAAUAUGUAAUAAGUGAGGAACAAUUACUUGAGGUUCAGAUCCAGAGAGCCUGUGAACUUUCAGAUGCAGUUGUUUCUGUAGUUCGCACUGUAAUGCUUUACAGAGAUGAACAUCACAUGUGGUAUCCACCACCAGAGGGCUUAACACCAUGGUAUUGCCAACUUGUUGUUCGGAAUGGGCUGUGGAGAGUUGCAUCUUUCAUGCUCCAGCUGCUUAAUGAAACAACUGGGUUCAAUAAUUCCAUAAAAUCAGAUCUUUACAGUCAUCUGGAAGUCCUGGCUGAAGUUCUUCUUGAGACAUAUGCAGGUGCCAUUACAGGUAAACUUGAGCGUGGUGAAGAACAUAAAAGUCUGCUUGAAGAGUAUUGGAAUAGACGGGAUUCCCUUCUUGGCUCCCUCUAUCAAAAACUGAAAGAUUUUGUGGAAGGCGGGCACCAGGUAUUUAAUGUUGGAACCAAUGAACAGAACGAUGAACUCCAAAGAAAGCUGUCCUCAAGUUUGCUGGGCAUUGCAAAAAGGCAUGAAGGAUACAAUACUAUGUGGAGUAUAUGCUGUGACCUCAAUGAUGCAAUUCUGCUGAAAAAUCUUAUGAAUGAGAGCAUGGGACCUAAUGGAGGUUUCAGUUAUUUUGUGUUUAAACAACUGUACCAAAAGAGGCAGUUUUCCAAGCUUCUAAGGGUUGGGGAGGAGUUCCCGGAAGAGUUAUCUUUUUUCCUAAAGCAUCACCAUGAGCUUCUUUGGCUUCAUGAGGUGUUUCUCCAUCAAUUUCCCUCAGCUUCUGAAACACUUCAUGCUCUGGCUCUUUCUCAAGAUGAGUACUCCAUUUUAGAAACUGAAGAGGGUGCAGAACCGGAGUCUACCGGCAUGAUAAAAUCAUCAGCAGAUAGAAAGCGUCUUUUGAAUCUCUCAAAAAUUUCUGUCAUGGCAGCAGGUAAAAAUGCUGAUUUUGAGACAAAGGUUAAGCGCAUUGAUGCAGAUUUAAAGAUUUUGAAAUUGCAGGAAGAAAUUUUGAAAGUCCUUCAGGCCAAUGGAGUUGAAGUAUCUGAUGGACAGCAGCUUUUCCGUCCAGAGGAGCUCAUAGAGCAUUGCCUUAAAGUUGAGAGUCCAGAGCUAGCAUUGCAGGCUUUUGAUGUGUUUGCAUGGACAAGCUCCUCAUUCCGGCGAAGCCACAGAAGCCUUCUGGAGGAAUGUUGGAAGAAUGCUGCCGAUCAGGAUGACUGGGGGAAACUUCAUCAAGCAUCCAUAGAUGAAGGAUGGAGUGACGAGGAAACUCUGCAGCAACUUAGAGACACAGUCCUUUUCCAGGUGUCAAGUAGGUGUUAUGGACCUCGAGCAGAAACAAUAGAAGAAGGGUUUGACAAAGUGUUGCCUUUGAGGAAAGAAAACUCGGAGGUUUCAGCAUUGAAGGGUUUGGAUUUUUCUGUAGAAGCAGUUUUGAUGCAGCACAAGGAUUUCCCAGAUGCAGGGAAGCUAAUGCUGACUGCUAUCAUGUUAGGUAGUGUACAUGAUGAUACAAAAGUAGAAGAGGGUACUUCUCCAAUGGAGUAAAUACUGAUCAGUUUUCUGGAAUCAUUUUUGAAAUCUUAUAAAAUUUUCAGUGAUAUGUUGUAUGUAGCAAAAUGUUUCAAUGCAAUUCAGCUAUGUAGGCAGCCCUCUGCUAAAAGAAAAUUUCUGUGCGAAAUGUCUGUAAGAGCAGGCUUAAAAUAGGAAAGUGGUCCAGUGAUAUUUCAUCAUUUCUGAAGCUAGGUCAAGUGAGUGUUUAUCAACUAACGGGAUGAUCAUUUUGCGCUGGAGAUGUAAUAUGUGAUUAUUGCUGUUGCUGGAUAGGUUACGCAAAACAAGAACUGAAAAUGCUUCUGAGCUUUAUUCGCAGGUCGCAUUUUCUUUU